AUGGCAACACCCGUCAACGCCGUGACGUUCUCCAGCUAUCCAGGUACCUAUGUGCUCACAGGCUCCUCAGACCGCGCAGUCCACUUAUCGCGCGCGGUCCCGAGUAAUGCAGAAAACUCUGCACGUGCAGUCGAAACCGUCUCGCCAAUCCAACGGUACGAAGCACACGGUUAUUCGGUCCUCGACGUCGCGGUUGCGGCCGACAAUGCGCGGUUCGCCAGUGUAGGCGGCGAUCGGCAGGUCUUUCUAUGGGAUGUCGAGCAGGGUGUCACGACUAGGCGAUGGGAUGGACAUUCAAGCCGCGUCGAGGCUGUGCAGUUUGCGGGCGAAGGGGACUCGGUGGUUGUUUCUGUGCUGACGAAUCUCGCGCGUGCAGGAAGCGCCGAUACAAUGGUCAAUCUGUGGGACACACGUUCUAAAGAUUACAAGCCUAUUCAGUCCCUGUCCGAAGCAACCGAUACUGUCUCCUGUCUCCACGUCCAUAUGCCUUCUUACUCGAUCGCUGCGGGUAGUUACGAUGGCCAUGUGCGAGUCUACGAUGUACGCAUGGGGAAAAUGACAGAUGAUGUGCUGGUGCAUCCGGUGACUAGUGUCCGCUGCUCGGCAGAUGGCAAUGGGCUGCUCGUUUCGACGCUGGAUAGCUAUGUCCGGCUGCUGGAUCGCAUAAACGGGAAACUCCUCGCGGCAUUCGGCGGCCCAGAAAAGAGAGGAGAGCAAUCAUUGCCGGGCGGUUUGAGCAAGGGGCCUCGCCAUAUCUAUCGAAAUACUGAAUUACGGGUCCGCUCUGUAUUCGCGCAAGGCGAGGCGGUCGUUCUUAGCGGUAGCGAAGCUGCCAAGGGCGGCGAGGGGCCCGCGGGCGCAGCGGUCUUUGCGUGGGAUAUUGUGAAGGAAGAAGUCGUUGCGACAGUACCGAUGGGUGAGGGGGUGAAAGUGGUGAGCUGUGUAGCUUGGAACGAGCAGGGGUUCUGGGCUGGUGGAUGUUCGGAUGGUAAGCUUGUUUGA